AUGAGUGGUGUCCGGGCUUCGGUUGGCCCCUCUCCGCAAUCAACGCUCAUGGGGACCUGGGAUUGGGUUGAUCCUGGUUACGCAAACCUGCGCGCGAGCGAGCCAGAGGGGAGGCCAGAAUUGGAAGAUGACUCGACGAGGUUGAAGGAAUAUGAAAAAUCGCUCAUGACGAGGAGACAAACAAAGCGCAAGCCGCGAGCCUGCAUACUUACGUACACCCACGCGCCUACCUCGUACGCUCUCGCCGAGAAGGAACGUAGAGCAGGGCAGGAUUCGAUCCGGUCAAAAGAGCAGACGGCCGCUUACAGCGGUACCCAUGAACUGGGCGUUGUCUGGGGUCAGGCGAGGUCGGAGCGCAGCAGUGAGAUGUCAGACUCAGCGUCCUUGCGUCCGUUGGUAAGCGUGGAACAUACCACCACCACUGAUGAGGUCCCUGAAUGCCUCGUAGCCCAGCUACGUGCCUUGGUUCAAGAUCCAAGUUCCUUGCCGGGCGGCCAGUAG